CUACGUACGGGCUCACAGCGUAUAUAAUGUUAAUAAACGUACAAUCAUAGAAAUGCGGAUAAAAAAAUUAUUUCAAAAUAUUCAAAAAUUUAGUACAUGAUUUCAAUCAACGGUACAUGUGUACAUUAUAAACGUCAUCGACUUUUUGUAGACAACUGUUGUGUCUGGUCAAUGUCGACUAAUAGUAUAGAUUUCGCAGGAUAGAUGGUAGAACCAUUCGGACAAUUAUAUUUUUAAAUAAUAAUAAUAAUGAAAAUUAUACAGGAUUACAGAUCAUUAAUUAUAACAAAAACUACAAAACGGAACAGCAGUUUUAAUCUGGUUUUCAUAUACUCAUUCCAUUAAAAUUUAAAUAUAAAAGUACGAAAGUAUGGAUAUUGAUCAUGUCGUGAAAAGAAGAAGAAAAUUUUUUAACCUUACCUAUAAUAGAUAGAAGUUUUUGAGAUUCAUAAAAGUAAACAUGCCCCCUAAGAAAGGGGGAGCAAAACCUGCUAAAGCGGGAAAAAGUGAUGAAUCCGGCGAUAAAGGAAAAGAAAAAAAAGGGGGCAACUCCGUUAAAGUGAGACACAUAUUAUGUGAGAAACAAGGUAAAUGUCUGGAAGCUUUAGAAAAACUGAAAGCUGGUCAAAAGUUUCCAGAAGUUGCAGCUGCCUAUAGCGAAGACAAAGCUAGAUCAGGAGGAGACUUAGGUUGGAUGAUCAGAGGCUCAAUGGUUGGACCCUUCCAAGAUGCUGCAUUUGCCUUACCUAUUUCAUCUGUUAACAGUCCUGUAUAUACAGAUCCUCCGAUUAAGACUAAAUUUGGUUAUCAUAUUAUAAUGGUAGAAGGAAAAAAAUAAUUUUAUGUUAAUAUAUAUUUUUGUAUAUAGAUA